AUGGCUCCUGAACGAUCGGGAGAUAGCGAUGUGAUGGAUACCUCGGGGGAACAUCUCUGCUGGAUGCCGUCGACAUCAGCAGGCUCAGUAGGCUCAAGCACUUCGCUGCCAGUGGUCCUCCCUCCAGAACUCUUGCGUGGUGUUCCUCUACACUUAUGCCUCAGCGGCUGUGGGAAGCAUUGGGAUUACUCGGCGACUGGAUUGCAGCAGCGUAGUAAGGCAGCUCAGAAGCUAGAUGUGUGGCGGCUCAGCAGGCCCGUAGAUAGGCUGGAAAAUUUCCUGAGCCACGAUUGGCAUACAUCCCGUUGGCUGAAGUUGCUUGCUUUGCUGGUGGUUUUCAACUCACGGGCAGCGGUCGUCGUCAGCCUUGUUGUGAGCCUGCUGGUGGGCAUGCUGCGUGCAUGGGGCCUUCUGCCGGAUGCAUCAUGGACUGUGGCUUUUGGCUAUGCGGCCUACCUCCUCACGUUCAUGUUUUGGCAAAGGCUUCGUGCUUUGUGCAAACCUCGCAUGGUGUUUAUGGACAGGCUCUGCAUUGCUCAGCGCGAUCAAGGCCUGAAGAAGCAAGGCAUCAUGGGGCUUGCGGCUUUCCUGAAUUGCUCGGAGAAGCUCACGAUCCUCUGGUCGCCAUCCUAUUUUCAGCGGCUAUGGUGUGUAUAUGAACUUGCAGGCUACAUGAGGAGGCCUUACCACAAAGAAGAGCUGAUAGAAGUGAUGCCAGUGAAACUGGCGCUGCUCAUGUGUAUCACAGCCACUUUCGGGGGUGUGAUGGGGAGGGGCUCGGAAACUUUUAUGGCUGAGCGUCUAGAGACAGAUUCGCGGGCGAAUGCUUUGUUAGUCUUUGUGCCCGUGGGUCUGGCGUUCGGCCUUGUGGCGCUGAUGAUGCGUGUGUUCGCCGGCAUCAUGAAGGACCUCCAGCAGUUGCCAAUGCAGCUGGAUACCUUCCGAAUUCAGGACGCUCUGAGCACGUGCUGCUCACUGCAACAUGUGCACCCUGAGACAGGAGAGGAGAUGCCAUGCGACCGAGAGCUCGUGUUUGCCACGCUGCAACAGUGGUACGGGGAUCCCGAGCAUGUCGGCGAGGAGCAUUUGGACUUUUUCAACGACGAGGUGAAGAAGCGACUGGCGCCGAGAAUCCUCCGUGAUGUUGGGGGCUCCAACCUGCCUCUUACGAGCAGUUGCUGCGUGGCUGCUUUCUCCUCCCUGCCCCGUUUGGCGAACACCGUUGCAAAGCUGGCCCAAGCACCAGAUCCGAAUGCGGCAGAGGUUCACGUGCCUCUUUGGGCAAGUCGCGUUUGCAUGGACUUUCUGUUCGACCUGAUCCUUCCGAUGUUCGCAAUGCAUCUGGGAUACUACUUACUUCAGGCGUGGACUGCUCGCAUCCAGCCUCGAUCGCCUUGGUCCAAGCACUGCUUGGCACUGCUGAUCAGCUUCAUGACGGUCGGCAGUGUGGCAGCCGCCAACAGGGUGUUCUCUGCAGUAAACAGCGCCAACGAGGACAGCUGGCUUCCUGCUUUGCCCUUCUUUGCUCUAGUGGCUAGUACCAGUGGCCUCCUGCUGCGCGGUCGCUGUAAUCACGCGGCCGAAGGCUCAGUGUGGGCCAGGCAGAAGCGGGGGGAAAGCCUCGGCCACAGCUUCGAGGAGCGGCAGGGUGCAAGUCAAGAUCGUUCCAACCCCGACAUGGCGGAAGACGACGAUGUCUUCAGCAUCUAA